ACUGUAUAAAAAGGUGCGGACGAGGGGAUUGGGUCGUCUUUUCUGCCGUCCUAGUUGAGCUUACCCAAUCGAUGCCCGAGUAACCGAUCCUAAGUUGAAAGUCCAAUAAAGGUUUAAUUUUGUCCCGUUUGUUUUGUCCAGUUGAUGCCAGCAGUCGCUGGUAGUUAAAGCGGGAUGGGCACCGAGUUGACUUUCUCCUCUCGUCGGUCUCCUGUGGUGUGUUUACACGGCUGUGUGGCGUCCAGCCAGUCGCUAGCUUCAAAUAUUGGACUUGACAUCUUGAAGCGUGGUGGUAAUGCAGCAGAUGCUGCAGUUGCCAUGGCAGCAGCCCUGGCGGUAACAGAGCCAGGCAGCACCGGUCCGGGCGGAGAUGCCUUCUGCUUGUUCUACAACGAAAACACUGGCGAGAUCCGAGCAAUUAACGGCAGUGGUCGUUCGCCCAGAGCUCAGACACUGGACUUCCUGGAAGCACGUGGUUACACUGCGGAGGCCCCUCCUCCACCUUAUGAUGCCUUGAAUGUUACUGUACCAGGGGCCCCUGCAUGCUGGUGUGAUACCGUACAGCUGUUUGGCAGUAACAAGCUGUCCUUGCAGGAGGUGCUGAGUGGGGCGGCGGAGCUUGCAGAGGUGGGGUUUCCUGUUGCCGAGGUGACAGCUCACCAGUGGGCGAACGGGGUGUCUGCUCUGAGAGACGCUGGGAAGGAACUAGGUGGAGACCUGCUAAUUGAUGGUCAUGCACCCAAAUGUGGACAAGUAUUCAGAAACCCUUCCCUGGCCCAGACCCUGAAGGAUCUCGGUGAGCGUGGCAAACCAGCUUUCUACCACGGCAGAGUUGCCCAAGCAAUCGUUGAUGUCAUCAACCAAAAUGGUGGAGUCAUGACCCUUGAUGACCUUAGCAGCCAUGAGAGUGAGGUCAUUACCGCUAUAAGCACGGAAUACAAGGGUGUGCGUCUGUGGGAGCCUCCUCCUAAUAGCCAGGGAUUGACUGCCUUGCUGUUACUCAACAUCCUUGAGCACUUCCCUCUCAAAGCUGUAGGCCAUAACAGCUCUGACUACGUUCAUGUACUGGUGGAGGCUGUGCGCUUGGCUCAAACAGACACUCUACAUUACCUGGGCGACCCACACCAUGUGACCAUCCCUCUGGAAACCUUACUGGACAAGAGCUACAGCCACCAGCGAGCGCAGCGCAUCAGCAUGGACAGGGCAAUGGAAAAUGCGGAGCCUGGACUGAUGGCAGGAAGUGACACAGUUUAUUUCUGUGUGAUUGACAGUCAGGGCAAUGCCUGCUCAUUUGUCAACAGCACCUAUAUGGGCUUUGGAAGUGGACUGGUCCCCAAGGAUUGUGGAUUCUCACUACAGAACCGUGGUGCCAGCUUUUCUCUGCGUCGUAACCACAUUAACUGUGUUGCUGGGGGGAAGCGGCCAUAUCACACCAUAAUAUCUGCACUUCUAACUGACUCUCCAACCAAAUCACAAAAAACAAAACUCCUCGCUGCACUGGGGGUGAUGGGGGCUUUUAUGCAACCACAAGGACAUGUCCAGGUGUUGUUGAACAUGUUGGAGUUUGGGAUGAAUCCUCAACAAGCUCUGGACGCACCAAGAGUCUAUGUACAGUAUGACCACAAAACUGAUCAGUGGUUGGUUAAUUUGGAAGAGGGGUUCGACCAGGAGGUAGCAGAGGAGCUGAGAAGACGGGGCCACAAUGUGAACUGGCCGAUCACAGGACACAAGAGGUCUCAGUUUGGACGGGGACAGAUCAUCACUGUGGGGGAUUGGUGGAACCCAUCUGUCAAACACGCUGAUCAUCCAUCCAGGGUGUUGUGGGCAGGAUCAGACCCCAGAUCGGAUGGAUGUGCUCAAGGAUACUAGACAUACGUGACCUCUUCUUGUCUUCCCUGUAGAUAUUACAAAUUACAAAUCACAAAACUUUCUGAAGGUAAAUGCCUACAUAUGAAAUGUAGAGCAGAAGUACUAUAAAUAUUUGGCUGUGACACAACUGUGUCAAAGAACACGCUGAACUUUUUCCUUUGGCUUUGUUAAUUAGCUGAUAGGUUUAACACAAUUAUAGCACAGCAUCACACACCUUUUAAGUGUCUUCUUUCAUCAUGUUUUUAUAUCACAUGUACAGAUCAUAUAAAAUCUCUCCUAACAGUUUGAGUUUAAACUGUACGGCGUAUUUCAUAGUUUUGGCACUACAUGGCUUAUGUCACUCCACGUCCUUCUGAUUUCAAGCUACAUUUAUAAGCUAGUGCACUAUUUAGUUUUUCAUUUUUGUGUCAGAGCAUUUGAUGUAUUGAUUGCUGUUUGAUGUAAAUAGAAUUUCAACAAAUAUAACAAAAAAUGCUAAAAAAAAAAUUACUCACCCCAGCUUUAAAGCAGCAGUCGGUAACAGUUGAACAUGCAAUUCAGAACUCUCUCUCUGCUGCUCGUAUCACUCCGCUAAGCCACUCCCACGAAACCCACAAGAAGAAACAGGGUGCCUUUCGUGAACUCAUCCAGCCGAAAUAACUACAUCACAAUGCCAAUUUGUUAAAAAUAUAUAUAUCCUAUUAUGUGUGGUCUAUAUUAAUACAGUAUGAAGUAGUCCCACAGAGCUCUGGCAGCUACAAUAACAACAGUGGGACCGGAAACACGGUAGCUCGCUGCUGAGAAGCGCGAGUAAAGAUAAAUCAAUCUAUUAUUCCCAAAAAAUACAAGUGAAAUCUGACCUACUCCCACCGGUUAACGGCUCAGUUAUCAGAGCAGAAUCCAGUGUGACUGCGGGUGUUUAUUUGUCCAAAAAUCUGGCGCCACCACCAGGUCUCUCCUCCAGAGCUUCCUAUAGCUCAGCAGCUGUUUGUCGGCGAGCAGCGGGUCUGUCCCUCUGCUCUUCCCGCUAGUGUUGCGUUGUUCAAAGAACAUUUCAUUCAUUUGACCUAAUCUUGUGUGACUCGGGAGGAACGAGUUGUCUGAAGGAGUGAUUCAUUCAUUUUCACGCAUGUGUGAAUAGCCUUGGACUCUUAUGUUCACUCGUCACACGGCAGCUGCAUGGGCUCCGUCAGCACAGGAAACAGAAUUGAUUAGUUCACGACUCUCAACUGUGGCUGUCCAGGUUUGAGUCGUUCAUUUGUCACGUGACUGCUCGGCUACUGUGGAGCAGGUAUGAACUAUUCGUUCACCACCAGUGUUCAGUCGGCAGCGCAGGAGAAUGAGAGGCAAGUCAGUUGUCAGUUAACAGCCACUGGACUGACAUUAUAUACCUCUUUUGUUAAUUAUGUGACAUUUAAUAAAGCACAACAUUAUUACGCAGUGAAGCUGUACUAUAGUUUUAAUACAGCGGUACUGUAACUUUAGUCCUGCUAGUGUUUACAGCUAACAGCUGAUGAGAGUUGUUCUGGGUCCGCUCCACUUCAGUGCUCUGACAGGGUUCUACUGGGAGCCGAAUUACCUCCGCG